CCCCGCCUGCAGGAAGCCUUACCCAGAAGACCCGGCGGUGUACAAGCCGCUGUCCGCGGAGGAGCUGCAGAGGAUAAAGAACGAGAAGAAGCAGAAGCAGAACGAGCGCAAGCAGAAGAUGACGGAGAACAGGAAGCACCUGGCCAGCGUGCGCGUGGUGCAGAGGAACCUGCUGUUCGUGGUGGGCCUGUCCCAGAGGCUGGCCGACCCCGAGGUUCUGAAGAGGCCGGAGUAUUUUGGGAAGUUUGGGAAGAUCCAUAAAGUCGUCAUCAACAACAGCACUUCAUACGCAGGCUCACAGGGUCCUAGUGCCAGUGCGUAUGUGACCUACCUUCGGUCUGAAGACGCUCUCAGGGCGAUACAGUGUGUCAACAACGUCGUAGUCGACGGCAGGACGCUCAAGGCUUCUUUAGGUACAACAAAAUACUGCAGCUACUUCCUGAAAAGCAUGCAGUGCCCCAAGCCUGACUGCAUGUACCUGCACGAGCUGGGGGACGAGGCGGCCAGCUUCACUAAGGAGGAGAUGCAGGCGGGGAAGCACCAGGAGUAUGAACAGAAGCUGCUACAGGAGCUCUACAAAAUGAACCCCAACUUCUUACAGACCUCAUCAGUGGGUGGCGAGAAGACCAAGGGCAAAUCCUGCUCUUCACAAAGACCCAACAGCAGCAGCAGAGAGGCGUGGCCAUCGUUACAGAUGGGCAAAACGGCCAAUGGGCUGGGCACAGACCACCGCAAGAGCCCGCCCCUCCUGGACGGCAGCUCGGACUCGGAUCACCUGACCCCGGACGGACCCGAGUCGGACCUGGGCCUGGGCCUGGGCCUGCCCCCCUUCUCCACGAGCUGCGACCUCGCCAGCCCCAGCGACAGACCCCCCGAAUCCAUCAGUAUAGGGAACGGAGAAACUCUACAACAGAUCCCGAACAGCGACUCCCCCUCGCCCCCGCCGGGCCUCCCCAAACCCAGCCUGGCGAUCCCCCCCAAACCCAACCUGGCGAUCCCCCCCAAACCCAGCCUGGCCCCCGUCGGCGUGCCGGAGGGGGCGGCCCGCUCGCCCUUCCCGGGGGGCGCGGCCGAGUCGCAGUCGCUCUUCUCAGACAACAGCAACUUCCGGCACCCCAACCCCAUCCCCGGGGGCCUGCCGGCCUUCCCCAGCGCCCCCCAGGGCCACCCCGACUGGCCCACGGCCCCCGAGCCGCAGAGCCUCUUCACCUCCGACACCAUCCCGGUGUCCUCCUCCACAGACUGGCAGGCGGCCUUCGGGUUCGGGUCCUCCAAGCAGACGGAGGACGACCUCGGGUUCGACCCGUUCGACGUCACCCGCAAGGCGCUGGCCGACCUGAUCGAGAAGGAGCUCUCCGUGCAGGACCCCUUGCCCCUCUCGCCCGGGGGCUUCCUCCACGGGCCCUUCAACGGGCCCCUGAACGGGCCGCGGGCCAAGGCGGGCCCCGGGGGCGGCGGCGGGCUCCCUAACCCCGCCCACCUGCCCCAGCGCCUGUCCCAGUUCCAGCACCGCGCCCUGUGCGGCUCGCUCAGCUUCCCCUCCCAGCACGGCCGCCACCCCUGGAUCGGCCUGCCGUUGCAUAGCAACCUGCUGCACCUCAACCACAUGGCCAGCGCCGGCGGCAACAGCGGCUUCCUGGACCUGAGCCUGCCCCCCCACCACAGCACCGGGCUCGGGGGCAUUCCUAUCACAGAAAACAGCACUUCAGUAGAGAGUAUAAAUGUGAAAGAGUGGCAGGAUGGUCUUAGAGCGCUCUUACCCAACAUCAACAUCAACUUUGGGGGUUUGCCCAACUCCUCCUCUUCGUCCUCGUCCUCGUCCUCGUCCUCCAGCGUUAACCACACAGGCGUGCCGGGGGGCUCAGGGGGGGUCGCGCACAGUUUGAGCUGGGACGGCACGGCCAGCUGGAUGGACCCCGCCAUCAUAACAGGUAUCCCAGCAUCCUCGGCCAACAGUCUGGACUCCCUCCACGACGACAACCCUCCGCACUGGCUCAAAUCUCUGCAGACGCUGACGGAGAUGGACGCUCCGGGGUCCGUGGGCCCCCCCCAGCCCCCCCACAGUGGCCUGUUCGGCGGCACACAGAUACCCCCCCUCCACAGACCCGGCUGGGCGCCCUACCCGGCCCCCCCGCCCGCGUCCGCCGGCCAGUUCCACUCGCCCCCACCCGGCUUCCAGACAGCCUUCAGACCCCCAGCCCCGCCCCCCACAGAGCUGCUACAGAGCGCAGCCAUGGACCGCCACUAGGGGGCGCUGCUGUCAAGCGUCUCCCCGACCACAGACACCAGAUUAAAUCAGAUUACAAAAGCUAUUAACAAAAUAAUAACAAGAUUAUAUAUUCUUUUUUUUCCCCUCCUUAUCCUGUCCGUUUCUGAAGACCUGUUUUUUAUUUUUAUUUUUUUUGGUGACACCCUACCCUGGCUCUAUCCCAGCUUCACUACCCGUCAGUCUGGAAUACGGCUCAGUCACGUGCUGCUCCUGCACAUGAUGCACUUCCUCUGGGUGCCAUCGGAGCAGGGAAAUGCUCGGAGUAAACAGGAAGUCUGUGUUUAUUUUAAUCAUAGUUCAGUCUAACAGGAAGAGACCCCUUUGAUAUUUCUGAAAGCCAUUGAGUAGUAGAGGAGAAAAGGGUUUGGUAUCCGACUAGAUACACUAAAGCAGAGUAUGUGUAAUUAUGGGGUUUGUACGUAAUCAAGAUGCUAAGAGAAAUGAGUGAGGAGACUGCUGCCUUUAAAGAUAUGCCAAAAAUUGCUCUUUGCGCCCCCUGCCUGUCUCGGGUGGAAUUGCUCCCCACAAGCUCAAGAGGCCAAACGGAGAGUUGCGUGCGAGGUCCUGGAAUAUGAGCUUUAUAUUCUUUGACUGAAGGUACUAUGCUUCAUAAAAUUACAAUUUUUACCAGAUCAAAGAAUUUUGGGGGCAAACCUAGUGUACUGCCCCCUGGUGAUUGUGAAGCAGUUGAACGUGCCGGUUUGUCUCCAUUGCUGGGCGUGGGCUUGGGGCAGGUGAGGAGACGGGGUGGCAUUUAAUGAGCCCCAUCUGAGCCUGGUUGCAGUUUGAAAGAGCUGCGCCACUAACUGAGGGCGGGGCCAGCCAGUAACUCCUCCCCCUAUACUGGGGGAGUGGCCAACCCCAUUUAGGAGAGCUGUACCUCUAACUGAAGGUGGGGUCUGCCAGUAACUCCUCCCCCUAUACUGGGGGAGUGGCCAACCUCAUUUGGAAGAGCUGUAGCUUUAACUGAAGGUGGGGUCUGCCAGUAACUCCUCCCCCUAUACUGGGGGAGUGGCCAACCUCAUUUGGAAGAGCUGUCGCUCUAACUGAAGGUGGGGUCUGCCAGUAACUCCUCCCCCUAUACUGGGGGAGUGGCCAACCUCAUUUGGAAGAGCUGUCGCUCUAACUGAAGGUGGGGUCUGCCAGUAACUCCUCCCCCUAUACUGGGGGAGUGGCCAACCUCAUUUGGAAGAGCUGUACCUCUAACUGAAGGUGGGGUCUGCCAGUAACUCCUCCCCCUAUACUGGGGGAGUGGCCAACCUCAUUUGGAAGAGCUGUACCUCUAACUGAAGGUGGGGUCUGCCAGUAACCCCCCCCCACUGCCCCCCCCCACUCGCUAGGCCAUUGCCACGGAACCUCUGUAUCAGAGAGCCCCAGGGGCGGGGCCAGUGAGCUUGGGGGCGGGGCUAGUGAGCCGCUGCCCGGGAGGGGAUGCUGCGCGGAUACCAGGCUUUGAGCGCGUGGCGGGUUGAGGGCUCAGAAGCGCCACCGUGUGGCGGCUACAGUGGCCUCGCGUGCUCACAGAGCGCAACCGGUGACGACGGCCGCAAAGCUUUUCCCCCGAUGGGGGGGGGGGGGGAUGGGGGGCUCGGCAGCGACCCCUCCCUCGGCAAGCGCGCUCGUGACACGCCCUUUUUCCAAAAACGAGAGAGGAGUCCGGGCGAAGGGGGCCGCAGAGUCUACUGAAAACACAACGUUCACCUCGCUCAAGAUCAAGCUGAAUGUCCUUCGUAAGUGCCGCACAAGAAGCUCUUCACCUUCACCGGGGGGAGGGCCGUCCGUUUGGGAAGAGACGCGUCAGUAUUCAAUAAGGAAAACAUGUGGUUUCACCCGUUCAAAUCAAUCAUUCGUUUAAAUAUUCAAUUUGUAGUUUUUUUUUUUUUUUAAUUUUUUUUUGUUUUUAAGUUGGGCUACUUGAUUAUUGCCAUUUCUGGUUUCGUUGUCUUCAGCACCAGGGCGUUCAAGUGCAUGCUGGGAUAGCAGCUCCACACGGGGACCCAGAGCCUAAACCUUGGGGCCUUUAACCAUCGUCUUUCCCCCCCCCCCCCCCUCUCUCCUCAACUUUCUUUUCGUUUAACGGUCUUAAUUCGUCAUCCUCUGUCGAGCUCCUCGGCUCCUCAGUAUUCAUCAGUGUCCAGGAGACGCAGACCUCCACUCAUGGAAACCCGUGCAGUCAACCCUGGUUUAUACGCCAUGCUAGAAACACAAGGAUAAAGCGAAGAGCUGAAGGAAUUGUACUGCCCUCCGCAGGUCUGGAAAAGAACUAAAUCUUAAAUAAAAGAGAAAACACUUGA